CAUUGGUCGCCCGUUGUCGGUCUAACCAGAUUGGCACUUAUCAUAUCUACAUCUGCGCCCCGCCUCACCCCCCGGUCCCCUCCCAGACUACACUAUGCCUUCUCUCGAACACCCCACCCAGAAUGAGGCUCGGUUGCUCCUUGUCUCCAAUCGCCUCCCAAUCACCAUCAAGCGGUCGAAUGAUGGCCGGUAUGACUUCUCCAUGUCCUCCGGUGGGUUGGUCAGCGGACUCAGUGGUUUGUCCAAAUCCACCACCUUCCAAUGGUACGGCUGGCCCGGCUUGGAGGUCCCCGAGGCCGAGAUUGGAGUUGUCAAACAACGCCUGAAGGAGGAGUAUAACGCGGUGCCGGUAUUCAUCGACGAUGAACUGGCUGAUCGCCAUUACAAUGGAUUCUCCAAUUCCAUUCUUUGGCCUCUCUUCCAUUACCACCCCGGUGAGAUUACCUUCGAUGAGUCCGCCUGGGAGGCCUAUAAAGACGCCAACCGCCUCUUUGCCAAAGCCGUGGCGAAGGAGGUCCAAGAUGGGGACUUGAUCUGGGUUCACGAUUACCACCUAAUGCUCCUUCCCGAAAUGCUGCGCGAAGAGAUCGGCAAAACCAAGGAAAACGUCAAGAUUGGCUUCUUCCUCCACACCCCUUUCCCUAGCAGCGAGAUCUACCGAAUCCUGCCGGUGCGGAACGAGCUGCUGCUCGGUGUCCUCCAUUGCGACUUGAUCGGGUUUCAUACCUAUGAUUAUACCCGGCAUUUCCUGAGCGCUUGCUCGCGACUACUGGGACUGCCAACCACCCCGAAUGGUAUUGAAUUCCAGGGCAAGCUCAUCUCCUGUGGUGCCUUCCCGAUUGGCAUUGACCCGGAGAAGUUCGAAGAGGGCUUGAAGAAGGAAAAGGUGCAGAAGCGGAUUGCGCAGCUGGAACAGAAGUUCCAGGGCGUGAAGCUGAUGGUCGGUGUUGACCGCCUCGAUUAUAUCAAGGGUGUUCCGCAAAAAUUACACGCGCUGGAGGUGUUCCUGAGUGACCAUCCGGAGUGGGUUGGCAAAGUUGUUCUGGUUCAGGUUGCGGUUCCCAGUCGACAGGACGUGGAGGAGUACCAGAACCUCCGCGCCGUGGUCAAUGAAUUGGUGGGCCGAAUCAAUGGCAGGUUUGGCACCGUUGAAUUCAUGCCAAUUCAUUUCCUGCACAAAUCCGUCAACUUUGAUGAGCUGAUCGCCCUAUAUGCGGUGUCUGACGCUUGCAUCGUUUCGUCGACUCGCGAUGGCAUGAACCUCGUCGCCUAUGAGUACAUUGCAACUCAGAAGAAGCGCCAUGGUUCAUUGGUGCUCUCGGAGUUCGCCGGUGCAGCCCAGAGUCUGAAUGGCAGCAUUAUCAUCAACCCCUGGAAUACCGAAGAGCUGGCCGGUGCUUACCAGGAAGCCGUGACCAUGAGCGAUGAGCAGCGGGCCCUUAACUUUUCUAAAUUGGACAAAUACGUCAACAAAUAUACCAGUGCAUUCUGGGGGCAGUCCUUUGUGACUGAGCUGACCCGCAUAUCGGAACAUUCAGCGGAGAAGUUCCUGGCCAAAAAGGCAUCUAUCAGUUCGUCCUCCGAGAACGGGGAGCAUACGAACGGCGUGACGGCUCCGGCCUAAGGAUGGGCAGCGUUAUGAAGUCCAUGCUGCUGCUUGCGAUGAGUCCUUUUGGCGAACGGUCGAGUAAAAACGGGGAUGCGUGAAUGAAUUAGACAUAGGUUUUACUGGUAUCUGAGCACCAGGCGUGGCGAAACAUGGGUUUCUUUCUUGCAGAUUUAUAUCUCGGUUCUC